CUGGGAGGCUCCAUGGAUGCUGAAUGACCUGUGGAUGCUGCUGGGUUCUGUGUCUGUUCUCAGUGGUCCUUGCCUCCUGGGGGUCCGUGGCUACUGGAAGCCCGUGGCUGCAGAGUCCCUGGCUGCUGCAGGAGCCGAAGUUCCUUCCCCCACGUCCCCACAGGGCAUGUCACCUCCCCACAGGGCAUGUCAGCCAUCCCCGGCUGCCGGGGGAGGCAGGACCAGCCCCCGGCAUCCGGCGCUGCCGCAGCCCCGGGCGGGCGGUGCCUGGCGGUGAGCGGCUCUGCCUGCCCACGUCCCGCGACACAGCGGGGACAGAGCCAGCACCGCCGGGCCAUGGCGAGGGGACAGCUGCUGAGCGCCUGGGCACUGCUGGCCAGCCUGGCCAUGGCCAGCUGGGGGGUCCGAGGGCAGAUAUAUGUGAAGGAGUUCAGUGGGAAGGUGUUCCUGGAAUGCGUGCGAGAGCAAGGCAGCGCAAACAUCACAUGGUGGAAGGAUGGGAGCAGCGUUGGGCACGAAGCACAGCUCGACCUGAGCUCGGUUUAUGACGACCCCAGGGGGCUCUACAUGUGUGAAACUGGAAAAAAGAAGAACAUCCUCCAGGUGCACUAUCGCAUGUGCCAGAACUGCAUCGAGGUGGACGCUCCCACCAUCUCGGGCAUCGUCAUCGCCGACGUGCUGGCCACGCUGUUCCUGGCUGUGGCCGUCUACUGCAUCAGUGGCCACGACAGGGGCCACACGUCACGAGCUUCUGACAGGCAGAACCUGCUCGCCAAUGAGCUCUACCAGCCCCUGGGAGAGCGGGAGGAUGGGCAGUACAGCCGGCUGGCCCCCACCCGUGCCCGCAAGUGAAGUGGGAAGACUCUGGCACUGCCUUCAUCAUCAGGUUUUGAUUGGAGGUCCCUCCAGCACGGGCUGCUCGUAGCCCUGUGCUCAUUCCAUGACCUCUUGCCCUUCUGUAUUGCUGCCAAUAAAG